CUUCAAAUUGUAGGGAUCGACAUUCAUCGAGAUACUCCGGUUGAGCUCCUGCACACGUACCUGCUGGGACAAGAUAAGUAUGUGUGGCAUUACACUCACUCCAGCUGGUCUCCGAAGCAGUUCGAAACUUUUGCCGUGCGGCUACAAUCCUCCUCAGUCGACGGACUCAAUGUUCUCCCAAUCCGUGCUCGUUAUAUCGUACAGUACAAGGACAAUCUGAUAGGAAAGCACUUCAAAGCGCUGCAACAGCUCGCGAUCUUCCAUAUCGACGAGAGCAUGUGUCCUCCGCGCGUGCGCGACCUUUGGAAAGCCACAGGCGAGCUGGGCGCCCUUCUGUGGUUUACCGAGAUCGAAGAUAUGGACCUUUACUUGGCCGAUCUAAACGUUCUAAUUGCUAACAUCCUCGACAUCUGGUCGCUGCUGGACCCCAAACGCAUAUUUGUCAAGCCGAAAUUGCACAUCCUGCUCCAUCUCUUAUUCGACAUUCGUGACCACGGACCGGCUGUGCUAUACGCCACGGAGAUCUUCGAAUGUUUCAAUGCAAUCUUCCGUAUGUGCAGCGUCCUCUCGAACCACCAGGCCCCGAGCCGCGACAUCGCAUGGGCCUGUGCUGACAUGGACCGUUUCAAGCACCAAGUCAGUGGCGGAUGGUGGCCGGAGAAUGCUACAGGGACCUUUGUCCAAGCCGGGGCGCAUGUGCGUCAGUAUUUUGAGAGCCGAGACCUUCAGCGACGCCUGGGAUUUGUGCCGACCACUGUGUCCCUGCCUGGUAAGCUC